GUUCCUUAUAAACAGAGGGGGACCAGAGUCGCGUGUGAUUGUGUGAAUGAGAUUAAACUUUGUUGGGUUCAUCUUCAAAAAAAUUACCCUGUUAUCUUUGCUCAGUUCGUUGAUAACCGCGACCCAACCCGUACGUGAAUUCUUUGUGAGAUGCUGUGCCAUAUUACUUUAGUUUUAAAACAAUGCACAUAAUAAUUCAGUUUAUGUUAUUGGAAUUCUACAUUUCCAGUUAAGUUGUGUUUACAUAGCACUAUGCUGUUUUGUAAGACCAAUCUAUUUUUCGCAUCGUUUGCAGGAUUUAUCGGAAGUGUGUGGCUGAAUGACGACGUGGGUGCAGGAAGGCCAUGCUUGCAGCGUCAGAUCCCGGACCAGUCGGUGGUAUGCGUAUGCAGCCCCGCCUACUGUGACGACCUCGUCAGGGACACCCCGACGCCGGACAAGUAUGUCAUGUAUACCUCGUCAGAGGCUGGUAUGAGAUUUGUGAAGACGACGCAUGCUUUCAAGACUAAUGAAAAUGAUUCUAAGAGAGACCAAGACAACAUUGUCCUGACCUUGGACCCCAGCAUUAAGUAUCAGACAGUGCUGGGUUUCGGUGGAGCUGUCACUGACGCAGCCUCCAUAAACUGGAAGAAUCUGACCGACCCUGGACUAAUGCAGAAACUCAUAGAUUCGUACUUUAGCAAAUCUGGGCUGCAGUACAACAUGUUGCGGGUUCCCAUAGGUGGGUGCGACUUCUCCACCCACCCCUACGCCUACAACGAGAUACCAGAAAACGACCCCGCACUAAGCAACUACUCUCUCGCAUACGAAGAUCACCAUUUCAAAAUCCCAAUGAUCAAAGAGAUAAUGAAGGUGGCAUCGGAUCCUGUGUAUAUCGUGGCAUCUACAUGGUCACCGCCUCCUUGGAUGAAGACUAACCGGGUAUAUGCUAAUGUGAGCCAGCUGAAACCGGAGUACUAUCAGACGUAUGCUGAGUACUUUCUCAAAUUUGUGGAGCAAUAUGCCAAUGAAGGGAUAAAAAUUUGGGGUAUCACUACUACAAACGAACCUCUAAACGGCAUGUUUGGAAUAGCAAACUUCAACAGCCUUGGAUGGGCUCCCUUGAAUUUGGGUAGAUGGAUAGCUAACCACUUGGGUCCCACAAUCCGAAACUCUGCAUUUCGCGAUUUGAAAAUAAUCUCUCAUGAUGAUCAGAGGGCUACAGUACCAUUUUAUAUCAAUAUGAUGUUACGAGCCAUUUCCGAAGCGUCACAGUAUAUUGAUGGCUUCGGGGUUCAUUAUUAUACUGAUUUAUUCGUGUCUGCAGAAGUCUUCUCUUUGGUCACUGAAAAUUAUCCAGAUAAGUUCAUUCUUGCGACAGAAUCAUGCGAAGGAUCUUUCCCUUGGCAAAAAGAAAAGGUUGUCCUUGGAUCCUGGGACAGAGCUAAGGCGUAUGCUGUUGACAUUAUUGAUGAUCUUAAUCAAAACGUGGUCGGCUGGAUAGAUUGGAACCUCUGCCUGAACGCCCAAGGAGGCCCGAACUGGGCGAGAAACUUCGUGGACUCUGCGAUCAUAGUGUUCCCUGAGAGCAAGGAGUUUGUGAAGCAGCCGAUGUACUAUGCCCUCUCACACUUCUCCAAGUUCCUUCCGAGGGGUUCUAGGAGGAUCAAAGUCACGGAACGAAAACCGCUCUGGUCUUCACGAGUGACAAACGUAGCUUUUCAGACGCCGAAAAACACUGUGGUCGUCAUUCUUCAUAAUGAAGAUCUUGCGACGAAUGUAUCUAUAGAAAUAGGUCAGAAGAAAAUAACUGUUCCAGUACCAAACAGAUCCAUUGUCACAAUAGAGAUGCUCAACGUUGGCUGAAGUAAGAUUGAAGAACAAUGUCGUAUUUGGUAGUUUUUUUUAUAUUGAAUGAUUUGUAAAAUAUAUUACAUUUUCCUCAUACCCACGUUAUCAAUACUGUAUGUAGAUAAAAUACAUCGAAUUGUCAGAGGAAGCUAUUGGUUUUUCAUUUUUUAACUCACACCAU